AUGUCUGUGAAGUGGAUGUCAGCUCUUCUGCUGCUCCAGCUGGGCUGUUACUUUAGCUCUGGGAGCUGUGGGAAGGUGCUGGUGUGGCCCACGGAAUACAGCCACUGGAUGAAUAUAAAGACGAUCCUGGAUGAACUUGUUGCAAGAGGUCACCAAGUGGUUGUUCUAACAUCUUCAGCUUCCAUUCUCAUUGAUCCCAGCAAACCCUCUGCCAUUAAAUUUGAAGUCUACCCUACAUCUUUCUCUAAAGCUGAGUUUGAAAGUGCUUUCAAGCAAGUAGUGAGCGAGUGGACAUAUGAGCUGCCUAAAGACUCCUUUUGGUCAUACUUUUCAAAAUCGCAAGAUAUUCUUUGGAGAUUUUUUGAUAUUGUUAACCAGCUUUGUAAAGAUGUAGUCAAGAACAAGAAACUUAUGACCAAGCUCCAAGAAUCAAGAUUUGAUCUCAUUCUCUCAGACCCCGUGGGACCCUGUGGUGAGCUGCUGGCGGAGGUGCUGAAAGUACCAUUUGUGUACACUCUACGCUUCAUACCUGGAUACCAAUUUGAAAAGCAUAUUGGAAAACUUCCAAUCCCACCCUCCUAUGCGCCUUUUGUUUUGUCAGAAUUAAGUGAUAAAAUGACAUUUACGGAGAGAGUAAAAAACAUGAUAUAUAUGCUCUACUUUGACUUUUGGUUCCAAACAAUAAAUUACAAGCAGUGGAAUGAGUUUUACAGUGAAGUACUAGGGAGACCCACUACAUUAGCUGAGACCAUGGGGAAAGCUGAAAUGUGGCUCAUUCGAACCUACUGGGAUUUUGAGUUUCCUCGCCCAUUCCUGCCAAAUUUUGAGUUUGUUGGAGGACUCCACUGCAAACCUGCCAAACCCCUGCCUAAGGAGAUGGAAGAAUUUGCACAGAGCUCUGGAGAAAAUGGAAUUGUGGUCUUUACUCUGGGUUCAAUGGUCAGUAACAUGCCAGAAGAGAGAGCAAAUGUGAUUGCAUCGGCCCUUGCCCAGAUUCCACAAAAGGUUCUAUGGAGAUUUGAUGGCAAGAAGCCAGCUACCUUAGGGGCAAACACUCGAAUCUAUAAGUGGAUCCCUCAGAAUGACCUUCUUGGUCACCCAAAAACCAAAGCCUUCAUAACCCAUGGGGGAACCAAUGGCAUCUAUGAGGCGAUCUACCACGGCGUCCCGAUGGUGGGCGUUCCCCUGUUUGCAGACCAGCCUGAUAACAUGGUGCAUAUGAUGGCAAAGGGAGCAGCUGUCAGAGUGGACUUUCACACAAUGUCUAGCACAGACUUGCUCAAUGCAUUGAAGACAGUCAUUAACGACCCUUCAUACAAAGAGAAUAUCAUGAAAUUAUCAAGAAUACAGCGCGAUCAGCCAAUGAAGCCUCUGGAUCGAGCUAUCUUCUGGAUCGAGUUUGUCAUGCGCAAUAAAGGGGCCAAGCACCUGCGGCCGGCCUCCCAUGACCUCACCUGGGCCCAGCUCCAUUCCCUGGAUGUGAUUGGGUUCCUGCUGGCUUGUGUGGUGACUGCAGUGUAUGUCAUCAUAAGAUGUUUUCUGUUUUGUUGCCGGAAGGUUGUCAAAAGUGGAAAGGACAAAAGGGAAUAGAUGUUUCUCAGUCCUGAAGCUGGUAUGUCUCACAGAUGGGACUUUUCUAGUUUAUUCCUGCAAGAAAGAUGAGUUAUAAGUAUCCCUUUCUCCUGUGACAUUUUUCUUCCAAUUUCACUUUUCAAAUCAAAAUUGUUUAAGAGAUUUACUACCCAGUUGAGAGUUAGAGAUAAGUCAUUCCAAAGAGAAAAUAA